GUGCGAGCCCAGCCGCUUGAUGGGCUCGGCAUCUGUGAUCUCCAGAGAGGAGCAGUUUGAGGACUACGGGGAGGGGGAGGAUGUGGAUUUCACUCCCAGCAGCCCUUGCCCAGAAGAGGAAACCCGAACAAAUGGCUUCUCCGACCUGGGGUCCUCGCUUCCCUCCAGUGCGGGGCAGACUCCUCAGAAGAUGCGGCAGCUGUAUAACAGCGAGCUGCUGGACAUCUACUGCUCUCAGUGCUGCAAGAAAGUAAAUCUGCUCAACGACCUGGAGGCUCGCCUGAGAAACCUGAAGGCCAACAGCCCUAACAGAAAGAUUACCAGCACAGCGUUUGGACGGUGAGUGACCCAACCUUCCUGAUCACCUUUAAAUGAAAAUACU